CAUUAUAUGUUCAAAAAAAAAAAUGAGUAGCAAGUAUCUACUGAGCAAACAAGAUGCCAGCUAUGAGCGAGAAGUGGAGGAAUAAUGUAGAAGCAGGAUGUCCAAGUAGAACAAGAAAGGCAUUCUUCCAUCCUGUGCAGAGACCCCCAGUGUCCUGUGUCUCAAGCUCUGAACUGUUCAUUCAGCCGUUGCAGGGAAAGGGGCCCUGUACCAAGCAUCUUGUUACAUGGAUAAAAAUGGUUUCUGCCCUGAAGCAGCAGCAUGGUGGACAAUUGUGACCUAAUGUGACUAGUACUCUGCUGGGGGAAAUCAUAGGUGUACCAGGCUUCCUGGAGGAAAGGACUAGAUGAGCCCUGAAAGCUAUGUAGGAGACUGGGUGAAAGGUACAUCCUUCAGGCAGAGGUCUGUUGCCAUCAGAAGCAUCUAAAAGUAGCCAGGAGCAGCUGCAGGUGCAGGGGUGUUGGAGCCCUUUGAAGAAGUGUGUAGCUAAUAGCCCAUAUAUAAUUCAGAAGAAAAAGUCUUCAAUGGAAGACCCCCGGGGGAUAAAUGGACAGUCUGUGCAAACAUCUCAAACCAGUUCAGAUGUUGCUGUUUCCUCAAGUUGCAGGUCUAUGGAAAUGCAGGAUCUAACCAGCCCGCAUAGCCGUCUGAGUGGUAGUAGUGAACCCCCCAGUGGUCCCAAACUCGAUAACUCUCAUAGAAAUAGUAAUUCCAUGACUCCCAAUGGCACCGAAGUUAAAACAGAGCCAAUGAGCAGCAGUGAAAUAGUUUCAACAACAGCAGACGGGUCUUUAGACAAUUUCUCAGGUUCAGCAAUUGGGAGCAGUAGCUUCAGCCCAAGACCAACUCACCAGUUCUCCCCACCACAGAUUUAUCCUUCCAACAGACCAUACCCACAUAUUCUCCCUACCCCUUCCUCACAAACUAUGGCUGCAUAUGGGCAAACACAGUUUACCACAGGAAUGCAACAAGCGACAGCGUAUGCCACCUACCCACAGCCGGGACAGCCAUAUGGAAUUUCCUCAUACGGUGCAUUGUGGGCAGGCAUCAAGACUGAAGGUGGAUUGUCACAGUCUCAGUCGCCCGGACAGACAGGAUUUCUCAGCUACGGCACAAGCUUCGGUACCCCUCAACCUGGACAGGCACCCUACAGCUACCAGAUGCAAGGUAGCAGUUUUACAACAUCAUCAGGAUUAUAUACAGGAAAUAAUUCACUCACAAAUUCCUCUGGAUUUAACAGCUCACAGCAGGACUACCCAUCUUAUCCGAGCUUCGGCCAGGGUCAGUACGCACAGUAUUAUAAUAGCUCCCCGUAUCCAGCCCAUUAUAUGACGAGCAGCAACACCAGCCCGACCACACCGUCCACAAAUGCCACUUACCAGCUUCAGGAGCCACCAUCUGGCAUCACCAGCCAAGCGGUUACAGAUCCUGCAGCAGAGUACAGUACAAUCCACAGCCCAUCAACACCCAUUAAAGACUCAGAUUCUGAUCGAUUGCGCCGAAGUUCAGAUGGGAAGUCCCGCGGACGGGGCCGAAGAAACAAUAAUCCUUCACCUCCCCCGGAUUCUGACCUCGAGAGGGUGUUCAUCUGGGACUUGGACGAGACAAUCAUCGUUUUCCAUUCCUUGCUCACAGGGUCCUAUGCCAACAGAUAUGGGAGGGAUCCACCUACAUCAGUUUCCCUUGGACUGCGAAUGGAAGAAAUGAUUUUCAACUUGGCAGACACACAUCUGUUUUUCAAUGACUUAGAAGAAUGUGACCAAGUUCAUAUAGAUGAUGUGUCUUCAGAUGAUAAUGGGCAAGACCUAAGCACAUAUAACUUUGGAACAGAUGGCUUUCCUGCUGCAGCCACCAGUGCUAAUUUAUGCUUGGCAACCGGUGUGCGAGGUGGUGUAGACUGGAUGAGAAAAUUGGCUUUCCGCUACAGACGGGUAAAAGAGAUCUACAAUACCUACAAAAAUAACGUUGGAGGCCUGCUUGGUCCAGCCAAGAGGGAAGCCUGGCUACAGCUGAGGGCCGAGAUUGAAGCCCUGACGGACUCCUGGUUGACACUGGCCCUGAAAGCACUCACGCUCAUUCACUCCCGGACGAAUUGUGUGAAUAUUUUAGUCACAACUACCCAACUUAUCCCAGCGUUGGCAAAAGUUCUGUUAUAUGGAUUAGGGAUUGUAUUUCCAAUAGAAAAUAUUUACAGUGCAACAAAAAUAGGAAAGGAAAGCUGUUUUGAGAGGAUAAUUCAAAGGUUUGGAAGAAAAGUGGUGUACGUCGUUAUAGGAGAUGGUGUGGAAGAGGAACAAGGAGCAAAAAAAGCACGCCAUGCCCUUCUGGAGGAUCUCCAGUCACUCGGACCUCAUGGCCCUCCAUCAUGCCUUGGAACUGGAGUACCUGUAACAGCCACCUAGCACUUUGGAACCGCACAACUGCCUGUGACCAGGAACAAAUCCAGCAGGCCUGAGGCCUGUGUCCGCGCUGGAGUACCCAAUGUCGCGAUUUCACCAUGUGGACGCACAGCUGCCGGCGGUCUUCACCUCUGCCCUGGUGGUAAAUGAAGGACCACAUCGAUCUCUUCAGACCAGCUGUUGACUCUAGUACUGUGAAUCCCAUGAGAAGAAGCCAUGAGAAUGUUCUAGUAUGGUGUGAUGUGUCUUUGCCACAGUAACUACAUGGUUCAAACCUGUGAAGAAAGGACCUGCAGACGCUUCCAUUGUUCACAUCUUCAAUGUGACAGAAACAUUAGCUUUUCCAAUACAGCAAACUUGAUUGCACAACAAAGACUGAAAUGUGUUUCCCGAAGACCAGGGAGGGGAUCUUCUUGGAAAGAAAGUUUACUUUUUUGGUGUCUCAUACCCAGGGUAAUCUGUACAUCUCUACUUAUUUAUGAACAGACUUUUUAAAAACAGCUUUAAUUGAGGUAUGAUUCCAGCACCAUACAAUUCACUCAACCAGACUUUUUUGACAUCUAGUAACUGAAGAGACAGUAGCAUCAUAAUAAGCGAUUAAAGGCCUUUGCCUCACGACACAGCAAGUACUUUGAAUCUUAGCACAUUGCAAAGUAGUUUAAAGUAUGUCUAAUUUAAACGUAUAAUAUGUACAUCACUGAGACAAUCAUGUACAGAGAAUUUGGGGUGUAAAUUUGUAAUAAUGGAUGAUUCUUUUACAUAUUGUUUAGAAAAUGAUAUUGAAAGGUAGCGAUGCCUUGAUAGUGAAGUAUGAGGCCAUGUGUGCAGAAAGUCCUGUGCAGUGCCUUAUCGAAGUACUGGGUAUAAAUAUGUAGAUAAUGGAGUUUGUUUUUUGUUUUUUGUUUUUAGAUAAUGUUGUCAAGACCAAAAGCAUGGAUGUUAAUAGGAAUUUGUUUUCCAAAUUAUUUUUCCCAUCAGUUUUUUCUUCUUUUUUUAAUGCUGUUAGGAGGACCUUGGUAAAAUACAGCAGUAUCUUAAAUAAUCUGAAAAAAAAAAAACAAAAAACAGUCCUCUUACAACCUCACUUUUUCAGUUUCAACACUCAUGUAUUAUAUGUAACUACUUGAAAAAAAUGAUUAUGCAAAUGCUUCUUCCCACAGAAAGAAUGUAGAUGAUUAUUAGAUAUAUUUUAUUAAUAAAAUGAUUCAUGAAUUGGAGACUAGCCAAGUUUUGUGUGCUCAGAUUAUAGGGUCUGUAUUUUCUUGCUUAGAUAAAGGAAGGCAUUAUCACCUAUCUGGAAAUGAGCAAAACUUUUUGAUCGUUCCCUCUGUUUUCCUCCACACCUUUCCCUCAAUCCCACCCUCCCUGGAAAGUUCAUUGCAGGCAGUGGACAUGGCCCAAUAAUCAUCAGCAAGGUUAUUUCUCACCUGCAUUAUCUAUAAGGCAUAAAUCUGGGAAAUAAAAAUUGUCACCUUUGUUAUGCCAUAAGACAGUCUCUCUAAAAGUGAGGCAGUUGGGCACUAGUUUUCAUCUAAAACCUUCCAUUGUUAUGAAAUUACUUUUUGGAUGAAUUUUAAAAUUACAUUGAGGGAAAAAAAAAAAAAAAAAAAAAAACACCAGCUUUAACCCAAAGUAGCUAAAGAGCUGCUCUUAACUAUUCCUGAAGUUUCAUGUUGCUGCUAAAAUUAGUUGUGAGUUUUCCAAAUUGCUUAAAAAUCAAAUUUGGGUAGUUUUUUUCUUUUUUUGCUUGAAGCAAACAGAAGAUAAUUUUUUUAGCCUUUUCAUUUUAUGUUUUUGUACUCUGCAGAUUGGAAAGCAAAGUUUAUCCUGGCUUUACUGUAUAAAGGUGUGUUGUGUCCACAAUUGUGUACAGAAUUUUUCUUCAUUAAUUUUGUGUUUAAAUUAAUA